AUGUCGACCAUGGAGUGCCUCAAGAAUGACUUCGUCAAGGGUCGACUCUUGGAUGGUCGUUUCCGAACGGUUGCCCCGCUCAAUCACGGGUCGUUCGGCAUGGUGUUUCUCGCAACAGAUAUCACGACCGGCCAAGAUGUCGCCAUCAAGUGCUUGACCAAGCCAUCUUCGACAGAUCCGUCAGCUCCUCAUUUUGUUGACGAUCGCUUCGAAGAGCUCGAGUGCCACCGGCGCUUCCGCUAUCACCCAAAUCUGGUUAAUCUUAUUCACUCCUUCGAGACCGAGGCUCAUAUGUACCUUGUCUUGGAAUACUGUGCCAAUGGUGACCUAUAUGAAGCCAUUCGUCUCAACCGGGGUCCUUUGGAGACUGAGCACGUUCGGGAUUUCAUGCUGCAACUCAUCGGCGCCCUUGAUUUCAUGCAUUCCAACGGUCUUUACCACCGUGACAUUAAGCCGGAGAACAUCUUCCUGAUGUCUGACGGUUCGAUGAAGCUUGGGGAUUUUGGUCUUGCAACUCGACAAUCGUGGUGUCAUGAAGCCUGCGUUGGUAGUGACCGCUAUAUGGCUCCUGAGCAAUAUGACCCGCCUGCCACUGGUUACUCCCCGGCUAAGGCUGAUAUCUGGUCCAUCGGAAUUUGCCUGCUUAACAUCCUGUUUGCCCGCAAUCCCUUUGUGACACCUACUGAGUCGGACGUGCUCUUUGCGGAUUACGUGCGUGACCGUCAAUCGCUCUUCGACAUCUUCCCCAAUAUGUCUCAGGACACUUUUGAGAUCUUGCUCCAUGCCAUGGCCCUUGACCCCGAGAAGCGCUCUCUGGCUCAGGUGCGUCAGUGCAUCAUGCGGGCUGUGUCCUUCACUACCGAUGACGAGUCCCUUGAUGAGUUCUGUGCUGAGGACCGCGAAGUGGUCACUGCUACUGCCAACCGCGAGCCUCUCCGCACUCCCUCCAUCCAAAGCCCCUUCAUCAACCAAGGCGAUUCUUUCCCCUGGGCGAAGGCAUUGCAGUCAAGCCCUCACCAGGCCAUGCGACAGCUGUCCGCUAUUCCCGACAACGAGAGCUACACCGAGGAUUUGUUCCCACCUUCCGAGGUGGCAGGUACCUCUUGGAUCUCGGCUCAAUUCAACACCCCGUCGAUGGCCUCGGUCUUGGAUUCCGCCAUGGGUGAGUCUUUCCGCUCGCUCAACCUCCACGGUAAACGCAGCAUGCCUUUCCUUCCUCGAUCCGACCCUGUCCCUAUCACCGGCUCUUUGCCUAGUCAUGCCAGCAAGCCUCUGCCAUCGUUGUCGAUGGUCUUUGGCAAGCAUGCGAAUGACCAGAUCUCCAAGAGCUGGAGUGAUCUCUGGGACGAGGAGGAGGAAGAGUCCGAAAUUGAAGACCUUGCACUCCAGCAACGCCGUGAGCAGAACUCUCGUAGUUGGAGCCAAGAAAGUCAGGGUAAGCGCCUUCCAGCUCCCCUGGCCGGGUUGCGCGAGCCGGCCUCCGCUCCCUCUGCCGACCGAACCCAUACUCCGGUCAAUCAGCCCACCGCACCCCGUGCGAUACAAGCCAACUCCGUCGAUGUUGACAGUGACACCGGCGCAUCUAACAGCACGCCUCGUCCCAUUCGCCCGCAGGCUUCCCCGCAAGCUUCUGGAGGCAAGUCGGACAAGUGGGCGGAACUUGGUGACAAGCGUCGCAAAUGUAAGACGCGUGACCUCUUCGGUCCCCAGCGAGCCCCCAUCACCUGGCGGCGCGACUGGGGUCUUGGCUCUUCCGGCUUUGAUCAAGGUCUCCGGGCCAAGCGUGAGCCACCUCAGUCUGACCGUCGUCGGCGUCUUCUCCAGAAGGACUGGCGUCGGGAGCCUGCGGAUGUCACCAAACAAUCCCCCCUCAAACACUCUUCAUACGACGGCAGCCUCGACGAAGAUCUCGAUCUCGUGGGCGGGUGGCACGACCUCCACCUGUAG